UUAAGCCAAAAUAAAAGCAAAAAGACAACAUAAUUAAGCUAGCCAUAAUCACUCGAUUCAUGGUACCAAUUACAACCUUCUUCCGCUUGUUCGUCUCCCUCCUCUUGUUGUCAUCCGUGGCCAGUACUUCAAAAGUGUGGCUGCCUGAAUCUGAUAGACGUCUACUGGAGUUUCCGUUAAAUUUAGAAUAUUUGGAAGCAGAGUUCUACUUAUAUGGAUCCAUAGGUAAGGGUUUGGAUGCAAUCCAACCAAACCUUACUGGUGGUGGACCACCACCCAUUGGUGUAAAAAAGGCUAAUCUUAGUCCUCUAGUUAGAGAUAUCAUCGCCCAGUUUGGUUAUCAAGAAGUUGGUCAUGUCAGGGCAAUAAAAAGAAAGGUAGGAGGAUUUGCAAGGCCAUUGUUGAAUUUAAGUGCAGAAGCAUUUGCAGCAGUUAUAAACAAUGCAUUUGAAAGACCCUUAUAUCCGAUUUUCAAUCCGUAUGCAAACAGCAUCAAUUAUCUGAUAGCAUCCUACGUCAUCCCUUAUGUCGGUCUCACUGGUUAUGUUGGUACAAAUCCAAAACUUCUAAGUCCUACUGCUAAAAAGCUUUUAGCGGGUCUUUUGGGAAUAGAAUCAGGUCAAGAUGCAGUUAUCAGAACCCUUCUGUAUGAAAGAAAAGCACAAAGAGUAAUCCCAUAUGGGAUCACAGUAGCUGAAUUUACUGUCAGGAUUUCAGAGUUACGAAACAGGUUAGGACGUGCGGGUCUAAAAGAUGAAGGCUUGAUAGUCCCGGUUUACUUAGGAGCUGAAGGGAAGGUAACAGGAAACAUACUGGCUGGGAAUAGAAGCUCAUUGUCAUAUGGUCGAACACCAAGAGAAGUACUACGCAUAGUUUAUCAAACUGGUAAAGAACAAGUUCCUGGUGGCUUUUUUCCUUGUGGUGCUAAUGGGACAAUUGCUAGACAAUAUCUGCAUUCCAGGAACUCCUGAAUUUGGAACAAAUGAAUUGGUUUUUAUUUAAUUUUUAUUGUUUAAUAUCGAUGAUGAAACAUAAAUAAAUGUAACGAUUGAUACUUCUAC